CUAGCGUGUAGACAAAUAUGGUCUCGUCAACCGCUUCUCGCGCACCCUAGAAGAGAACGGCAUUAACCAUAUAUACAAUUCGACUUUCAAAACGGCCAACCUUCUUGUGGAUAAGGCUCAUGCUACGCGUGCUCAAGCUUUGCUACGCUCUUGCUGAAAACCAAACACAGGCCUCGAUAUUGCCUUCCUUUCAGAGCCUCGGCGUAAUGGCUGUGACAUUUCUUGUCUCAUCAAUCCCCUUUCCAUCGCCCCAACUCGGUUUUCGGUACAACAAAACGGCUCUGACGAUGCGCCGCGCGUCAGCAUGAUAUGCACUCACGUCUGUUCACGUCCUUCCCGAUAUACAUCUUGGUUAUCGUCUGCUAAUUCUAUCCCCACUGUCCUUGCGCUACCCCUGAUAUAUUCCUACUCUGGCAGUGCCUCCUCAGCCUCACUGAUCUUCUGCACACACAUAUACAAUCUUCCACAUCUUUAUCGCGUUCUGUCACUCUCUUCCUUGCAUCACGUACACAUGUUCCACUUGUUCUUGGUUGACUCACGAUGCUCGCUCAUCAUUCGCCUUCACGCAAAACGGUCCUGUACAUAUCGGAUACCCGGUCCCUUGCGGCAACGACGUUCAUUCACUAUUUGCCUUAAGCUAUUCUACCUGCUACGACUUCCUCGUAUCUACUUUCCUCACGCAAUUUGCUCCGGCAAAAUACCACUCAUCCCUCUAUGUGUACCAUGUACCUUGCGCGUUGUAUUCUUAGUAUUUAGUACUGCUUGCCGGUGUAUCUGAUAUCACGGGCUUGUCGCUGGAUUCUCUGGUGUGAUGAAACCGGAAAACGCU